AUGGAUUCUUUGAUUCCAUCAUUUUCAUUAUAUUCAAAUAUUCCAAUAUUUUUUAUUGAAGCAAGAGUAGGUGGUUCAACUAAAGAAUUGGUUUCACAACUAGGAAUUUCUAUGAAUAUUAAUCAAUGUGAUGUUAGUUUAACAAGUAAACAUUAUGGUGGUAAUCAAUUUUUAGGAAUAUCUGGUGAAUUAGAUAUUUCAACAAGUUCAUUUAUCUUAUCAUUAUUUUUUUUAAAUAACAAACUUACAUAUACUGCAAAAACAAGUGGAGCUCUUGUAGUUGUUGGAAUUUCAUCAUAUUGUGUCUAUAAAUUAUGUGGAAAAUUUUUAGAAAAAAAAAUUAUUUUAAGUCUUCUUGACUCUAGACCAUUAAAUGUAACUGGUGAAAGUAAAAUAUUUUCUUUAAAUAGUAAAUCAUCAAGUAUAUUUGAUGUUAGUGAAGAUAUAUAUACAAAUAUUAUUACAUCAUCUGAAACAGAAAAAGAAUCUGAUGAAGAGGUAUAUGAAAGUGAAGUUUGUACAAUAAAAAAAUAUCAUUUUAAUUUGUCAUUUCCUAAAAAGGAUUAUCGAAAAAAAGGAUUAACAGCAUUAAGUAUUAUGGAAGCUGAUGAAAAAAAUGAUCAAAAUAGGAAAGAUAUUAUAGAAAAAGCAUGUUCUCUUUCAAGAUUUUCAUCAUCACCGUCCUCUAGUAUUAACUUUAUGGAUUCAAAAAAAUUUUCAGUUUUUAGAAACAAGGAUAAAAUAAAAUAUGAUAAUGAUGAUGGCAAUGAUAUUGAUAGUAGUUCUGUAUCAGUUAAAUCAGCUACUUUUAAUUUAGCAUGGGAUACUGAACCAACAUGGGAUGAUGAAUUUUAUAAUACUUCAGAAAUUGUUAAUCAAAAUAGAUUAUCAUCUAGUGAUAUAUCUUGUGAGACGGAAUCUUAUAAUAGUGUUGGGUUACUAUUAAGAAAUAUAUUGGAUUAUAAAAUUGAUGAUGAAGAUUCUAUUUUUAAUUUACAACAACAAUCUCCUUUAAAAGCAGAUACAAUUGAUGGUUUAGGAAGUGAAUUAAAUUCAAUUGUUAUGGAAGAUUUAUCAACAAUGAUAAAUUCUAAAUGUGGAAGUGAAUUUGGUAAAUCAAAAUCUUCCUCAAUACACAGUUUUAUGACUGAUAACUCAAAUUUAUCAAAAUUAAAAGAAAAAACAAGUAUAAAUAACAUCAAAGGAUUAAUUGAAUUAAGUCCUAUGACAGAAAAUGAUAUUUCUGUUAAAAAUGGUGCUUCCAUAUCAAGAACACAACUCAAUUCAAAUCCUUUUAAUUCUCCAAUGACAGAUUCAUUAUUCUCAAAAGAAUCAUUUGUUUCAUCUAAUACUACUAAUAAAAACAACUAUCAAAACUCCCUAAAUCAAAAAGUUGGACAAAUGUUUGAUUCUGCAAUUGUCUCUGAUUAUUUUAAUGAUGAAGAAAUUCGAUCUUUGCCAUCUACCAACAAUAAUGUAAACAAUAAUAUUAUCAGGUUAUCUAAUCUUACACAAAUAAAUGAAACAGAUUUGGUAAAAACUUCUGAUACAUCAAUAAAAAAUCUUAAUAAUACGGGUUCAUUUAUGACAAAAUCAGUGCAAUCAUUAGAAUGGUGUGAUGAUGACAUAAUCUUUGAGGAUGAUAAUUCAUUCAAAAUAGAAUCUCUUAACAAUAAUAGUGCCUUAAAAAAUGAACAUUUAAAAAAUUUAAAUAUUGAUAUUGAUUAUGCAACAUUUCAAUUAUUUCCAGAAUUAUCCCCAACAAAGUCUUUUUCAUCUGAAUCUCACUAUAGUUUACCUCAUUCAAUUACAAGUAACAAAAGUAAUGAUCCUAAAAAAAGUACAAACAUUUCCAAUAUUAGUGGACAUGAAACUAUACUAGGGCCAAUUAAUGAUUUAAGAUUAAAAUCAACAAGAGACUUUAUGGUUGUAAUAAGAGAAAAUUUUAAAUUUAUUGAUAAUAAUAAUUUUAAGUUAGCAAAUAUUCUCUAUUCAAAAAAAAGAUUAAGAAGAAUAAGAUAUUUUACACAUGAAAAAAAUGAUUUUAAUACAAUUGAUAACUUCCUGGAAAAUAUUUUACACUCAAUGGUAUAUAGUAAUGCAUCUUUUUUCAACUGUUCAUCAUUUUCUGCUAUCCAAAAAGUAAGUUAG